AUGGUGCAGAAGUCUAAUGACAAGUGGAGAAUGUGCGUGGACUUCACGAAUCUAAACGCAGCUUACCUCAAGAAUAGUUACCCCUUGCCGAGGAUCGAUUCGCUCGUGGACUCUGCAGUCGGACAUUCUUUCAUGAGUUUUUUGGAUGUCUUCUCAGGUGACAAAAGCAUUGCUUCUUUCAAGGUAUUAAGGAAAGCCAAGAAAUUUAAAUGGCCGACCGAAUGCGAGCAAGCCUUCCAUAGUCUGAAGCAGUCACUAGUCUCCCCUUCGUUGCUGCAAAGUCCAAAGCAUAAGGAGGAACUCUCGGUGUAUUUGGGAAUCGGGCUAGAAACCAUUAGUUUGGUUUUAGUUCGAGUGAAGCUGGAGAAACAAUUCUUGGUCUACUACACCAGGUGGGUUCUUAGGGGAGCCGAGGUCAGGCUCGGGCUGUAUUGUCAAACACAUCCCAUCAAAUUACCGAUCAUUCGCUUAAGUCUGUACUCACUCGUCUGGUACACUCCCGAAGGCCCUGAAGUGAGUUGCGGAACUUGCCCUUGUCAGGAAGCUGAUGUAGAAAAACUUCAGAAAAGAGAUUACUCGUCUCUAAAGGAUGCAAGCUUAUUGAGGUUUCUUGUUGAUAUGCGUGGAGCUGAUGUUGAUGAUCGUCAGCUUAGGGAUGAUCUUAUGACUAUGCUUAUUGCUGGACAUGAAACUACUGCUGCUGUUCUUACUUGGGCUGUUUUUCUUCUUGCUCAGAACCCAUCCAAAAUGAGAAAGGCACAGGAAGUGGUAGAUUCUGUUCUUGGUGAAAAGAGAACUACUCUUGAAUGCCUUAAAAAUUUGGAGUACAUUCGGCUUGUCAUUGCAGAAGCUCUUCGCUUGUACCCUCAACCGCCUCUUUUGAUAAGACGUUCUCUCCAACCUGAUAAACUGCCUGGAGGAUACAAAGGUGAUGAGGAAGGAUAUGUUCCUGCUGGGACUGAUAUUUUUAUUUCUAUAUACAAUCUUCAUAGGUCGCCAUAUUUUUGGGAUCAACCUAAUGAAUUUGAACCUGAAAGGUUUCUGAUUCCCAAGACAAGUGAUGGCAUCAGGGGAUGGAAAGGGUUUGAUCCUACCCGAAGUCCCGGAGCAUUUUACCCCAAUGAGGUAAUGGCAGACUUCUCCUUCCUGCCAUUCGGUGGAGGGCAACGCAAAUGUGUUGGCGAUCAAUUUGCCCUACUUGAAUCAACUGUGGCGCUAGCUCUGAUCUUACAAAAGUUUGAUGUUGAGCUCAAAGGAUCACCAGAUGAUGUAAAACUAGUAACAGGAGCAACUAUCCAUACUAAAAAUGGGUUGUGGUGCAAAAUAAGGGGAAGAAGAAAAUCACCUAUUUAGUUAGAAGGGCGUCAUUUCAUGCUUCACUGAUACAUCAACGUUUUUACAUUGAAUGGAUUACCAAAAAUAUUUAAGAAUGUGAAGAAGUAAAUUUUUUUUUUCAUUUUUUUUUGGUUCUUGAAAUUAUGGUUGAUAACUAUAAAGUGUUGUUGGAGUACCAACUGAUUUCAUUUU